AUGAGUCGAUUAAAUACAUCAUUAAAAUAUAGAUAUUAUAGUUUUUAUAUUCGAAAUUAUUUUUAUUCAAAAUUAAAGCUAUGGAAAUCCAAACGUCUUGGAAUAUUAAUUAUAAUUGGUAUUCUUGUAGUUUUUAUUAAUGAAGUUUUAUUUUAUGAAUGGUCAUAUCUUAAUUGGCCAAAUAUUGAAGAGUUAGCAAAAAAGUCUACUGUUGAAAAACUUCUUCUUGUUGCUGAUCCACAAUUGAUUGGUGAAAAAGAUGAAGGUAUAUUUGGUUUUAUAACUAGAUAUGAUGCUGAUCGAUAUCUUGCUAAAACAUUUACUCAAGUUAAUGGUUAUGUUAAACCACAUUGGGUUCUAUUUUUAGGUGAUAUAUUUGAUGAAGGUUUAUCAGCAUCUGAUGAUGAAUUUAAACGAUAUUUCGAACGAUUUGAUUCAAUAUUUGAUUAUAAAAAAUACGAACAUCGUUAUAUCAUUGUUCCGGGUGAUAAUGAUGUCGGUGGAGAAUAUUAUGGUGAUAAAAAACCAAUAUUAAAAGAACGUUUUCGAAAUUAUUUCGGUCGAACUACUGCUUUGUAUCAUCAAAAUGAUAUACAAUUUUUAAAAUUAGAUAUCGAUAUGUUUGAUCCAUAUAUAGACGGAAAACGUACUGCAAUAAUGGAACAAAUGCAAACUCAUCCUAUGACAGCAAUAUUUCGUCUUAUAUUAAAUCAUUGGCCAAUAUUAAAACGUACAACUCGUUUUGUUAAACCAUUUAUAAAUGAUUUAGAACCAAAUCUUAUACUUAAAGGUGAUAGCCAUCAUUUUACUAUAACUUCAUACGAUCGAGUGAAUAUGAUAAAUAAAAUUCUAGCUGAAGAAUAUCUUUCACAAACAUUUUUUACAUUAAAUUUAAAUGAUAAAAAUUUUGUUUAUGAAAUUUCCGUUCCAACAUGUUCAUAUCGUAUGGGUGUUCAACGAAUGGGAUAUGUUGUUCUUUUACUUGAUAGUGAAACUAAAACGGUUCAUCUAACAAUUCUUUCAACACCAAGAAGAAAUCCAGCAUUGUUUCUUUAUUUAUUUUAUGGAAUAUUUGCACUUAUUUUUUUAAUUGUAUCAUCACUUUUUUCACGACGAACUCUAGUGCAAUUAUUAGCACAUCUACGUUAA